AGCAAACUUCCCAUCUCGUCUCUUCUCCCGUGGCGGCGGCGGCGGGCGCCACAGUUGAGUUACCCAUUUCACCUCUCUCCCUCUCCCUCGCCCUGCGCCAUCUCUAUCUUGGGACGCCGGCGUCCUGAGACUGAGCUUGAGGGCGCGGGCGUCGGUGGGGGUGACUUCGACGGCAAGCCGGAGCGGUUCCUGCGGCGGUGCCGCGAGUUCCUUACCGUCGUGGUCGCAGUGCGCUCCCCGGAACUGUCUGCCAGAUAACAGAUUCUGAGAACAGAGUGUCCGAUCAAGUUGAAUUUUCUUUCAGGGAUCAGUGCACGUGGGAUGAACCGAUGACAUCGAAUGAAUCCUCUAGUUUCCAGGGGUUUUACAGGAACCUCCACACCCCGGCGGUGCUUAUCGGAGCUGGGUUCGUGCUCGUCGCGCUGCUCAUCUCGCUCUGGCUCAUACUGCAGCACCUUAGAUCGUACAGAAACCCUUCGGAGCAGAAAUGGAUCAUAGCUGUCCUGUUUAUGGUGCCUGUAUACGCAUCUGAAUCUAUAAUAUCGCUGUGGCAUUCGGAAUUCUCCUUGGCCUGUGAUAUAUUGCGGAAUUGUUAUGAAGCAUUUGCUUUGUAUGCCUUUGGACGAUACUUGGUUGCAUGCCUGGGGGGAGAACGGCAGGUUGUUGGCCUGCUUGAAAAAGAAAGAAUGGAAGAGCUAAGUGAACAGUUGCUUGAGAGUCAAGAGAAGGCAAAAUAUCGUAAUCGAAGUAGACUGGGCGACUUCUUUUGCGAUCCUAAUGCACUGGGGAAGAGCUUAUACACGAUUAUAAAAUUCGGCCUUGUGCAAUAUAUGAUUCUAAAGACACUCUGUGCUUUCUUGGCAUUCAUCUUGGAGCUUUUUGGAGCAUAUGGAGAUGGUGAAUUCAAGUGGAACUAUGGAUACCCUUACAUCGCUCUUGUCAUUAAUUUCAGCCAGACAUGGGCACUGUACUGUCUGGUGAAAUUUUACAACGCAACACAUGAAAGGCUACAGGCAAUAAGGCCACUAGCCAAGUUCAUAAGUUUCAAGGCCAUUGUAUUCGCCACUUGGUGGCAGGGAAUCGGAAUCACAAUCAUCUGCCAUACGGGGCUCCUGCCGAAGGAGGGCAAGGUGCAAAAUGGGAUUCAAGACUUUCUGAUUUGUAUCGAGAUGGCUAUCGCGGCCAUCGCACAUGCUUUUGUCUUCGGGGUGGAGCCGUACCAGCAUAUCCCGGUCCAUGACCGUGAGCACGAGGAGGUGACCCGUGAGGAGAGUAAAAUGGAGGUGACGGUGGAUGUCCACGACGAAAGCGAUGCGGUGCCGGCCACUGUGGAGCAGAAAGAGACAAAUGUCAAGACUCCAGGAACAAGCAUCAGAGAGAGCGUUGAGGACGUCGUUCUGGGCGGUGGCCACCAUGUCGUCAAGGAUGUGGCCCUGACCAUCUCACAGGCGAUGGAGCCCGUGGAGAAAGGCGUCGGGAAGAUCCAGGAGACCUUUCAUCACGUGUCGCUGAAGCCAGGGGACAAGAAGGAACCCGACGUCGAGGUGGAGGAGCAUGUCACCGAGAAUGUGGUGGACAACGGUGAGGCUGUUGCGGUCGAUGCGGAGGUGGAAGUUGAAACAAGGGUGAAGGACAAGAGCGAUGGUGGCGAAUCUACGGAGAGGUUGAAAUCGAAAGAAUAGGAGAUGAUAAUAAGAGGAGUGCAAGAGGAACUGGUCCUUGAGAACACAGUACGCUUCCGCAAUUCGAAAAAGGAAACUGAGUAAAACGAUGAUGAAUAUGGGCACCAUGAUACCAAGUGUUAUCCUGAAAAUCAAGAACCAACUAGUGGUUGGAUGGUUAGGAAUUUUCAUAACUAACUAGGUGUUGGAUGGGUAGGAGGGCGGUUGUACCCCGGGCUCACACAGGGAUCAAGCCUCGUGUCGAUAUUGUUGCCAAAAGCCCGAAACGGAUCUGAGUGUUGAAGCCAUGAAGCUGUGUGGCUGGCUCAAGCCCCAUCUGGGAUGCUACG